UUUUAUUUUCUUUUGUUUUAUUUAUUUUUAUUUUUUGAAUUUCAUGGAAGAUGGGAGAGGUGUCAGGGUUGCAGUUGGGUGUUAUGGGUGCAUUGUUUCUAUCAGUGGCAUCAUCAGUCUCCAUUGUCAUCUGCAACAAAGCCUUGAUGAGCUUUCUUGGCUUCCCUUUUGCUACAACACUGACUAGUUGGCAUCUGAUGGUAACAUACUGCUCCCUCCACGCAGCACAACACUUCAACUUUUUUGAGAGCAAGGCGGUCGACAUGAAUACAGUCAUGCUUUUCGGCAUUCUUAAUGGGGUUUCCAUUGGAUUUCUCAACUUAAGCCUUGGAUUUAACUCAAUUGGCUUCUACCAGAUGACAAAACUUGCAAUCAUACCUUUCACAGUGCUACUAGAAACUAUUUUCUUGAAAAAGCAAUUCAGCCAAAAGAUAAAACUCUCUCUCUUCCUCUUACUUGUUGGAGUUGGCAUAGCUUCCAUCACUGACCUCCAACUCAAUUUUGUUGGGGCAAUUCUCUCUCUUCUAGCUAUCAUAACCACUUGCGUUGGUCAAAUUCUAACAAACACAAUACAAAAGAGGCUCAAUGUAUCUUCUACACAGUUGUUGUAUCAAUCAGCUCCAUUUCAAGCUGCAAUUCUCUUUGUCUCAGGCCCAUGGGUUGAUCAAUGCCUCACAAAGCAAAAUGUCUUUGCUCACAAAUAUUCCCCUAUUGUCUUGGGUUUCAUCAUACUAUCGUGCUUGAUAGCAGUGUCAGUGAAUUUCAGCACAUUUUUGGUAAUUGGGAAGACAUCACCAGUGACAUAUCAAGUGUUGGGACAUCUCAAGACAUGCCUGGUUCUUGCAUUUGGCUACACAUUACUUCAUGACCCUUUCACUUCUAGAAACAUCAUUGGCAUUUUAAUUGCCAUCCUUGGAAUGGCCUUGUAUUCAUAUUUUUGCAGCCAUGAGAAUAAAAAGAAACAACUUGUUGAUCUCUCACCUCCCUCUCAGAUCAGGGAUAAGGAAACUACAGCUCUUUUGGUGGGGAUGAAUGGUCAAGAGAAAGAAAGUCAUGAGGUUUAAGAAAUCAGUCAAAGAUGGUCUUGUUUAAAUGCUAGCUAGGGUUUGUGAUAAAGAUUUCAAGGUGCUAAAAUCUUUGUUUCAGACAUUUCGAUGAAUGUAAAUGAGUCUCAUUCUUCGAAAUAAAAGCAAUAUAUCUCUUGAUUCAAUUGAUUUUUGAUUUAUUCAUAGAAUAGAACCACAAUUUCUCAUAUUCAUUAUGAGGGUGACUGUAAGUCUUGUGACUAUACCUGGAGUUCCAAGAAUACUGAAUAAUUUUCCAAUAGUAGAAUGAGCUCAUAAUUCUCUUUUUCUUAACCAGUUGUAUUACGCGCACCGAAAGAAUUUGCAAAAUGAGAUUGUCUCACAUUUGUGUAUUCUUUGUCAAUACUUUCUGUG